AUGAAGUUUAGAAGCUUCAUGGAACAUCUGUCGCUCCAUUUUGAAGAGGACCCGACCUAUUUUGGGUAUGAAAGGAAAAAGAUAGCCUUCGUACUAUCUUACAUAAAAGAAGGGACCGCCGCUAGCUUUAGAAGCAAAUGGCUCGAAGAAAAAAUGUCCGUCUCCUUAUCAUUGGAGCGGGCACAAUUUCAACAAUGGUCCGUAUUCGAAGAAAGGCUGAAUGAAGCCUUUAAAAAUAGUUACGAAGAAGAAGAAGCAAGAAGUAAAAUCUUGCAACUUAAACAAGGAACCAAAACGGCUAGGGACUUCUUUUUAGAGUUCGAUAGCCUCAGAAGAAAGGCGGGUUAUCGGGAUGAUUCAAUCCUGAUUACCCUAAUAAAAAUAAAUAUGAACUACACCCUGGUAGACAAACUACCACCAAAGAAGUAUGAGGAGUGGAGAAAGCUCCUCCUCAACUACAAUCAAAUCUGGCGAGAAAGAGAGAAGGAAAAGAAGAGUUAUUUUGGCCAGACGGAGAGGGCCAGAACGAGGAAGGACAACGGAGGGGGAACGGAGAAGAAAGCUUAUUCGGAAACCAGAGACGGGACCGGAACAAUCUACACGGGCGCAGGAAAGCCCAUGGAGAUUGAUAAAGCUAAAUACAAGAAGAAAGGCCUGUGCUUCAAAUGUGGUAUCAAAGGCCACAUUAGCAAGUUCUGUCCCACACAAGGGAAGAACAAAAUAGAUUUACGUGCCAUGAUAGCGGCACUCACAAAAGAAGAGCCCAAGCCACAAUAUGUCAACCCCUUCUCGAUUCUACCUGUCAAAGAGUUAGUAGAUACAGACAAUAAGAAAUAUUUAUCAAACAACUCAGAGACAAAGAAAGAAGUAAGGAAAGACAAUGAAGAUGCAAACCAGAAGAGGGGACUGGUAACAAAAACCCCAAAAGAAAGUACAACCGCAGCAGAAGCGGCGCAUAAAGAAGUGACACACGCAGCUACGGUGGCGAGCACGACUUUAGAAAGUGCAGCAUCAGCGGCGGAUACAAAAAAGCUCACACCCGAUGCAGCAAUCUCUACGGAGAAAAACACAGCAGAGACUGUGAAAGACAGGUCAGGAACCCCUCCAGGACAGGGUGCUCCUAUGGAUAUCGGCGCAGUCCAAGGCGGACAGAUGCGCAGAUUCAAGGGCAACUGUUACAACUGCGGCCAGGAGGGACACAUGUCCCGAGACUGCAGAAAUGGGGCGCAGGCCGCCCAACAAAAAAAUAAUCAAGGGCGCCAGGCGCGCCAGCUAGAAUCCGAAAAGCCGGACGAUCGGCUCAACUCUUUGGCCGGUCGUUCAUAUGACGAAAUCCGGGCCUUCUUCUAUGACCAGCAGGUCAACAAAAUGAAGGCUCAGGGAAAAGAAUUUGGGGCUUAG